GGAUAGUCGUUGUAGUUAUACACAGUGCAGCGUAUCACAGUAACGUUAGAAUACUUAUGCUUUUAAUGUGUUGCUAUGAAGCAGCAUGGGCAAACGCCGCUGGACUGAUGACCAACUGCUUGCGUUGCAACAAGCUGCAGAACGUAUAGCUGCAGAUAAUAGAAGAGUUACUGUCAAGCACCUAGGACACUCGAUUUGCCAAUGUUACCAAGAAGCAACUAGAUACCUUUAUUUACAACACUAAUCGUGGUAAAGAAUUAAGGCAUGGUAGCGGCACCAAUGAGGCAGCUGUUAACGAAGAGGAGAAGUCUGGUCCGCCACCACGCAAAAGACGCUGUCGGUGGAGUACUGAAGAUGAGCAGGCUUUUGGACAAGCAUUACAAACGAUCGUGGCUACAGGAAGUUUCGCCACAGGCAGUGCUGCAGGAAAUGGGGCGGCCCAGUGUUAAAGCACGCGUGGUGCGGAAUCGACUGCGGAAGGAACAAAUUUGAAAAGACGAUGGUCAGAAUGUUGCAAGCCGCGCUCAAGAGGAGAGCGGUAUAGAAGAUGACGACUUUGGUGACGAGGCUCUGCCAGCAUUCGACGAAAACAGUGGUGUGCAGAGGUGCACCUAUAAUUCAGUUGAAGCAGCAGAGGAAGCCUGCAGACCUGCCUUUGCUGAGUCCUGCUCGUAUGCCUGCUGCUGCUGCGAACGCAAGCUGUUCAGGCAAUCAGUAGUGGAGGUCACAGAAAACAUGUAUGACACACUCAACGAGGAGUGGGCUACCAAUCUAGCGGGCUGGGUAACACGGCGCGGUGUGGGCUACAUAUGCCACACAUGCCUUGGCAGCAUUCGUAGGGACCGGUGCCCGAGGUUUUCAUUGGACAACGGGCUAGAACUUCCAGAGGUUCCACCUGAGCUGCAAGGCAUUCCCGAGCUUGCAGAACGGAUGAUUGCUAUACGCAUACCAUUCCUGCAGUUACGGAGACUUCCAAAUGGAAACCAACAUGGACUGAAAGGACUUGGACAAGGAGCGGUUGGACCGCCCCUUCGGCGGGCUGCAGCUGGUGCUGUGCGGCGAUUUCUUCCAACUGGGGCCCAUCGAGCAUGACAGCCAGGACGAAGGGCCCGAACCGGGUCAGCAGGAGCCCUUGGAGCAGGCCUUCCUCAACCGGGGCUACCUGUUCGAGGCGCCCGUGUACGAGUACGGUGGUUUCAAGGAGGUCCACCUCACCAAGGUGUUCCGUCAGUCGGACGCGAGCUUCCAAAGCGACCUGAUGACCGUGCGCUGCGGCGGGCAGGACGAGUACGAGAAGGUGAUGGAGCAGCUAGUGCGGGACUGCAGCCGCCCGCUCGAUGAGUCAGACGGCAUAAAGGCCACAGUACUGUACGGACAUAACAAAGAGGUGGACCAGGAGAACAAGAAGCAGCUGGACAACUUGAGCACGCCGGAG